GUUAUGUUGUGCAUUUUUACGUUGAUCAGUUUUGAACAAUCUGAAUGAUUAGUGCGCAAAAAAACUUUUUAUAAACUUUUAUUUUAAAAAUGUGGUUGAGAAAGGUUAUAUUUUUAGUUUGCUUAAUUCAUAAAGUAAUUUUAAACGAAGAAUACAUUCGAUUUACCACAGAUUGGUUACAAUGGGGAGAAUGGACAACAUGCAGUUCAUCAAUCAUUUGUAAUGGUGGUAUAAAAUACCGGCAGCGGAAAUGUUCAUUUGGUCCGCAAGGUUGCGUUGGUAUUGAAAGCGAAAGUAAAGAUUGUCCCAAAAAACAUUGUGUUGAGCAAGAAUCAUUCCUUCAAAGUCCUAGUGACGUCCUUGAAGCUCCUCUUUCGUCAUAUAUCAACCAAGAAUGCGAUACAGAUAUAAAAUUUUUUUUCAACGGCUCCCGUAAAUCAUCUAUUCCUAAAGUAGUGAAAGAAUUCUGUAAAAAAUAUAUUAGAAAGUUUGAAGCGGGUUACUUUGCGACAAAGAAAAUAUUUAGUAUAUCUUCAAAAAUUGAUAUAAAUGUCACCAAGUUUUGCUUCGAGCCUAAAAAAUUGACAAUUAAAGAAGCAAGGAGCCUUACCCAUUUUAAUAAAACCUCUUUGUCUUCAUUAAAUAGCAAAAGAAAGGAAAACAACAACGAAUCAACAGUGGCAGGUUUGACUAUAGCAAUUAAUUCUAAAACACUUUCGAUAGCCGCAAUAUUUUUUGCUGUUAGUUCGUCAGAUGUUGGAUAUCAAAAUGUUUAUUACAAAAGAUGGAAAGGUGAAAGUGUUGCUGAAGCACUGUAAAAUACUUAUGAAAAAUUACAUUAUAUAUAUGUAUAU